AUGAGACGCAACAAAAUACUCCGGUCAGCGGUCAGCCGUGACAAUCCACCCUUCGGGGCUGCCCGUCCCAGCACCCACGAUCAAGAAAACUGCCCGAAGAGAGAUGAUGAUGAUGAUGUUGAUGAAGAUGGGGUAGCGAAGACAACAGAUACACAAGCUAUAUUUAGUAACCACCCAGGACAAGGAAUGUAUAUGGCCAAAUCAACUGACACUACGUUUGAGUUCGAGGUUUUUAAUGAUAUGCUGUCUUGA